UCCUCAUUUGCUUACUUCCCUUUGGUUAUUACAGAGCCACAGAGCAGAGAACUCAGAGAGUGUGUGUGGUUUGAGAGAUUGAGUGAAAGUUUGUGGAUCAAGAAGCAAAACCCAGAAUUUGUUAGUGAUUUUGGCUGAGAAAGGAGAAGUGGGGGUUGUUUGGUUUUAAUGUCUACACCAUUAGAGCAUGAUUACAUAGGCUUAUCAUCAUCAUCACCAUGUUUAGAAGAUAAAAAGAAGAAUAAUGUUAUGAAUAUGAAAGAAACUGAGUUGAGACUUGGUUUACCAGGUUCUGAAUCACCAGAGAGAAACAAUAAUGAGGAGAAAUCAAAGCUUUAUCCACUUGAGUUAUUGAAGGGGUUUGGUGGGAAAAGAGGGUUUUCUGAAGCUAUUGAUGGGUCUAGUAAAUGGGGGGGUUUUGGUAAUGGAUCAGAUGUUGAUUUGGUGAAGAGAGAAAGUGGUGGGUUGUUUUCUCCUAGAAAUGGUGGUGGGAAAACUCUGGGUGUUGUGGAUAAUAAUAAUAAUAAUAAUCAUACUAGUACUACUCAACAACAGUGUGGUGGUGGUGGUUCUUCAUCAGCAGCUGCAAAAACUGAGGCUGUUCCUUGUACAUCUAAACCUGUUCAAGACAAAAAACCUCAACUUGAUCAUGCUCCUCCUUCUAAGGCACAAGUGGUUGGAUGGCCACCAAUUCGAUCUUUCCGGAAGAACACAAUGGCUACUAACCCAACAAAGAACAACGAUGAUGCCGAAGGGAAGUCAGGGUCAGGGUGUCUGUAUGUUAAAGUUAGCAUGGAUGGUGCUCCAUACUUGAGAAAAGUUGAUCUUAGAAUGUAUUCCAAUUACGUAGACCUCUCAUCAGCUCUUGAGAAAAUGUUUAGCUGUUUUACAAUUGGGCAGUGCAGUUCUAAUGGAGUACAAGGGCGAGAUGGGUUAACUGAGAGUGGAUUAAGGGAUCUUCUUCAUGGUUCUGAGUGUGUUCUUACUUAUGAAGACAAGGACGGCGACUGGAUGCUUGUUGGUGAUGUGCCAUGGGAUAUGUUUACCGACUCUUGCAAAAGAUUGAGGAUCAUGAAAGGCUCAGAAGCAAUUGGCUUAGCGGCUCCUCCGAGGGCUAUGGAGAAAUGCAAGAACAAAAACUAGAGUUGUUGUCGUCAACUGCAUAAGUGUGAGAUUUGGAUUAAAGCCAUUAAUCAAGGGCGAUGAUUCAGUAAGCGACGUAAACUCUAAUUAACGAAAAAUCGGCUUUUCGAGUUGGGGAACUGUGUUUGCUUAAACCACAUAUAAGUAUAUAUAAGAUUUUUAAGUUAGAAUAUAUCUCCUCAAGGUUUGCUGUGCCCCCUGUCUUGUUUCAUUAUCUGGAUAAAACAUGUUAAUUAGUAGUAGGAGGUUGAUGAUGAUGAUAAAAAGAUUUCCUAAGAGACAAAAUCCAGGCUACUUAGAUUUUGUGUCUUCAUUUGUCCUUCUCUAUGUUUUGGUUUUACCCCUAUGUAAAUGGUUUUUAUUUGCAAAAUUCACCUCCCUCUGGUCUGUGGGUGGAUAGAA